AUGGAGCUCUCCGCGGAGGUGUUGCAACAUCUGGGCUAUCUGUACUUCACGGGUGACCAGACAAAAGAUAAAGAUCCCGUCAUCAAGGGGGUGACGCAGUGGACGGAGUACUUCGAUUUCAACUGGCAAAUCAUUUUGGGGAAAGGGGAAGAAGCAUUCCGCGAAACCUAUGUCGUACAUAUUGAUUACGUGGACCUGAUUAGUACUGAUGUACCCGAGGGAGUGGAGGUUUUCAAGCACAAUAUAUGCUCCAAGCCCGCGUUCGUGCUCAGUUGCAUGUCUGCGGGGCUCCAUGUAGCUGCAUGCAAGAGAUUUGGCCGCAACAGCUUGCUUGACAAGUACCUCAAUAGCCAAAACACAGGAGAUGGCGCUGACGAUACCUUUGCUUCACCGGUUUCCGUUGACGCCGGCGGCGCCACGGAUAUGCAAUGCCAGCGCAGCGAUAUCGCAACAACACUGUUGGGCAACGGUUUAUGCAAACACGUAUUCUUCAUGGAUGUGUUGCCGCAAUAUGUUACCAUUCGUCUGAAAAACUUCUUUCCGCGGUCGCCCUUCAGCGUGCUGCGCAGCCACGCCAUUGGGUGCUUGGUCAGCAUUGCCGGACAGGUCAUCAGAAUCAGCACCACGACCCCUAUGAUCAUCUCUGGAAUGUUCACAUGCGCGAGAUGCGGGUGCCACUUCUUCAAAAAGUUCAAGGAUGGGCUGUUCGAGUAUCCGUCUCGGUGUUUCACCGAGGGAUGCACAUGGCGCGCGUCGCAUUUCCAGCGUCACUGCGUACAAACGACAAGCUCGCAGGUUGUGAGGAUUCAGGAGGAUUCGCGCAUGGAGACAAAUGCGAGCGCCCGCUACGGCGACUCAGCUGUCGGUACAUACGUAGACGUCGAGCUGACUGGCGACCUUGUGGACCAGUGCAGCCCAGGCAACCUCGUCGAUAUUGUAGGGAUUGUUGAUGCGACUCCGUGCUUAGUUAAUGAAGACCUGACUGGUCACAACUCCACGUAUAACAUCCUUGUGAAGGCCGUGUCGAUGAACGUGCUGAACAAGCGCAUGACACGCUUUUCACAGGACGGAUAUGGUGCCCGCGGAUUCCGAUGGGGGAUAACCAACGGCAUCCCAGACUAUCAAAUGGACUCACGUAACACUUGGAAGGUGUUCGCGAAUCCAGCUGACAACCCGUCGCAGGGCCUGCCCACUUCGGCGCAGACACAGGACUCCAACAGCGUAGCUUCGCAGGACGAGAACUCGACUGGGGAUUCUAGCCUUUAUAAUUUCAUUCGUGAAAUCUAUUACAGUGAGCCAAACAGGUUCUAUCUGGCUGCAGCGUCGCUAUGUCGGUCGGCCGUGGGACGGCCCUAUAUCAAAGUCGGACUGCUUCUUUCGCUUUUAGGCGGAGUGCCCGUUUACAAGAACAGCGUGCUGCAGCGUCGUGGAAACAUCCACUGCCUGCUGGUGGGCGACUCUGGAGUGGGGAAAAGCUUUAUUCUACGUAACUUGUGUAACAUGAUGGACAAUGCGUUAUUCUUCUCGGGAGGAUCUGUGACUGCUAGCGGGUUGACGGCGGCGGCGGUGCGCGAGAAAGGGUGCUCAGAGUACACGCUGGAGGCUGGCGCCCUCGUGCUUGCGUCGGGGGGUACGUGCUGCAUUGAUGAGCUGGACAAAACGACGACUGCACAGCAAAAUUCGCUGUUGGAGGCCAUGGAAUCGCAGUCGGACCAAAAACGUCAAUAUAGCACUCGAGAUGUGAGGCCCGAGCCCGUAUCUCUGAAGGAUCACGUAACUUACUACCGGGAAAACGAGUACCUCGAUGAGGGCCUUCUACGGAGCUACAUCGAGUACGCCAAGGCUUAUAUAAACCCAGUUUUCACACGGCCUGCGCGCAAACUGCUGAGGAAGUUUUACUCCGAGUUGCGCCAGCUUUCCAAAAUGCACAACGGCUUGGUGAUAACCACCAGGCAACUGGAGGGAAUAAUUCGGCUGUGCCAGGCACGUGCUCGAGGUGACUUGUGCGACCGCGUCACAGAGGAGCACGUUAACGAUGUGUGUGAGCUCUUCAAGCAAACAGGGUACUACCCAGGCUACCUCGAUACUUUGACGCGUCCUUCCGAAGUGGUGGAUCCGUCAAAGAAGGCGCGGCCGAAGGCCGCCGUAUCGAUAAUGGCGGCAUUUAUUUCCAGGCUGCCUGCCGACCGCACCGUUACGAUAACCCAAAAGGAAAUGAUGGAGUUCGCAAAACAGGCUCUGAACGCCUGCCAGUCUGAAAGGGAUCCGCAGGAUUUGAUCGAACGUGCAAAUAUGACCGGCCAUAUAUUGAAGAAAGGCAGUAACUGGACCGUUAAUAUUUAG